AUGUACUUAUGUGACCUGGUGGUAUGGCUGAACGUCAGCUGGUCGGCGUUGGAAGUUCUCACAGAAGACGAGAUCCUCGGCGUGGUGGCCAGGAACAGCAAGGGUGCUUCUGAACCGUCGCUGCUGAGGGAGCUGGUCUUCAGAGAUGCAGCCAAGAGGACUGAAACCACGCCUCGCAUCACGACGAGGUUUCCUGCCGCAGCGGCGCUGGCCGCUUUAGCUGCGCUUGUUACAGCCAUUGGUGCUAUCGUGGUGCUAGCUAUACGCAGACGAAACGAGAACACAUCAAGCAGCAAGCGCCCCUCCCAAUCCGUGGUGCAAGUUGACGCACAAGGCAGACGGUAUCUCAUCGCGUACCCGCCAGCCGACAAGUUGGAAACUAAACCUGACAUCUUGAACCCUAAGCCUGAAAACGAGCCGCCGCGUGUAGUCCUGGAAUCCAGCGACAAUAAAAGCUACACUAUCAGAGAGCAGGAAGUAGCAUACGCGACGACCACCACACACGAACAAAUGAUGCCGGAGAGAUAACAAAAGGAAUUGCGGCUCUUGUAAAUAUAAAUGAAAAUGUUUAUUGUAAAUUCCAAAUUGCCAAUUGUAAUUUAGGGGCUUUGGCAUGUUAUCGUUUUUAUGAAUCGCAUCGAAGCGACAUGUAUCGGCAUGGUAUC